UUAUGUUUGGAUCUGGGCCAUAAAAAUGUUUGGGAGAGAAAUUAUUUUAUGAGAAAUUUGUACCCUAGCCUACCCCUUGGAAGAUUCAGAUUUCAGUGACGGAGCCGAAAUAAAAAUUCAAUGGGGCGUAUGGUGGGAUAGCGAAGCUCCUCUCUCGGUCGCAGGUCUUGGCCCUUUUGCUGACCCGCUCUGUGGUGCAACCCCUUAGACCCCAAUUCUCUUUCCUCUGCAAGCUACCUAUUUCUCUCUCAUCAACCACAACCACUCUUCCUCCUAUCUCUCUUACAAACAAAAUUUACCUUCUCGAAAUAUGUUCACUUUUUAUAUUUAGGUUAUAUUUAGGGUAAAUAAUCUACACAUAGCUUAAUGCAUCCCAAAGGUCGGGUGCUCAAACUACAACUUUCUCGCUUAAAAUAAUUUUUAUUUGGGGGUUUUCAGUCUUUGCAACACCCUAGAUAGGGUUUCGGAAGCGUACAGCAAAAGCGUAGCAGAGAGACGACAAGUAUACUCUCUCUCUCUCUCUCUCUCUAAGUGGCGCUGGUGGCAGCAGCUUCUCUCUGCGGGCUUAAGUUUACUCUCUCCUCUUUCUCUUUCUAAGUUUCACCGGUGGGAAGGAGAUUCUCUUAGGCUGGGUAUACAUGCAAAAUUGCUUCAAACUGAAUAAAUGGCUGGUGACAAUAGCUUAAAACAAGAGGAAUUUGAAAACAGUGAGGAUGAUGACGAUGUUCCUCUAGUUUUUAAGAGGCAUAGUACACCAACUAAACUGAAACAAUCUGUUGCUGUGCCAAAGAAGUCACCUCAAGGGAACAGUAAGCCUUUGGGAAGGCCUAUUUCAGCUGAUGGCAGUGCCCCAAAGAAUGUAUCACUGGUGAAAUCUUCACAUUCCAAUGUGCGAAGCAAUAAUGCCUUACCAUCUUCCAAGGUAUUGCCAGAGAAGUCAGCCCUAGUAAGGUCAACUACUUUGACUACAAAAUCAGGCCAAUCAAGGGAUAUGAGUACAGGUAUUAAUGACAAGGAUAGCCAACCGCUGCAAAGGCCAUCUGCUGAGGCGAAUGUGGAGUCUGAUGACUCCGAUGAUGAUAAGCCAUUGAACUCUAGAGUUGCUGCAGUUGCUAAGACAGUUAGAAAUAAUUCUUCAGGGCCUAAUUUGCCCCUCCCUUCCUCAGCAAUGGUUUUAAAAAUGAGUGUGAAGUCUCCAGUGAAUGUUGUUAAGAGAUCUCCUGAUGAUUCAGAUGAUGAGAAGCCGCUAUCCCAGAAGUUUCCCCAGAAGUCCUCCAGUGGUGCAGUUGCUGGUACUUCUAUUAAACCCGCAUAUGAUGACUCAGAUGAAGAGAAACCUUUGGUUUCAAAGUUUCAGCAAAAUGGUUCAAGCAAAAAGAAUUUAAAUGGGGAGCUUUCCUUGAAAGCUAAUCAUAUUCUGAAAAAGAGGCUUGCAGGGGAGCCUCAAAUGCUGGCAAAGAAGCCAAAGCCUUCAACUGAUCCUUCACCUUCUUCCAAAGUCAAAAUAGAAGUGGAUGUGAAAGCAGAGACGAGUGAAAAGGGAGAUGAUGAGGAUGAUCUUCCAAUUUCUCAGCGGAUGAAGAAAUCUGCUUCUGUUAGUGGGCAGGCUUCAGCUAAAAAGAUUUCAGUAAAAACCAAGGUUGUUUCUUCUUCGUUCAAGAAAACUGGAAAGAAUACAAAGAAAGAAAUUAAAAAAUUGAAGCAAUCUAAGUCAGCAAAAGGGCCUCCUGGUUCUGGUGAUGGGCAGAAGUGGACCACUUUGGAACACAAUGGGGUUAUCUUUCCUCCUCCUUAUAAACCUCAUGGUGUUAAGAUGCUCUACAAUGGGCUACCCGUUGAUCUCACCCCUGAACAAGAGGAGGUUGCUACCAUGUUUGCAGUGAUGAAAGAUACGGAGUAUGCGACUAAGCCGAAGUUCGUAGAGAACUUCAUGAAUGAUUGGAGAGUUAUACUCGGGAAGAACCACAUAAUAAAAAAGUUUGAGCUAUGUGAUUUGACUCCAAUCUAUGAGUGGCAUCUAAAAGAGAAAGAGAAGAAAAAACAUAUGAGUGCAGAAGAGAAAAAGGCUUUAAAAGAGGAAAAAGCCAAAUUAGAGGAGAAAUACAUGUGGGCUAUUGUUGAUGGAGUCAAAGAGAAGGUUGGCAACUUCAGGGUAGAACCACCUGGCUUAUUCCGCGGACGUGGAGAACAUCCCAAGAUGGGAAAGUUGAAAAGGCGAAUCUUUCCAAAAGAUAUUACUAUCAAUAUUGGAAAGAAUGCUCCAGUUCCAGAAUGUCCUAUUCUGGGUCAAAGGUGGAAAGAUAUAAAACACGAUAACACUGUUACAUGGUUAGCAUUUUGGAAUGAUCCGAUCAACACGAAAGAGUUCAAGUAUGUCUUCUUGGCUGCCAGCAGCUCCUUAAAAGGGCAAAGUGACAAGGAGAAGUAUGAGAAAGCGAGAUUGUUGAAGGAUUACAUAGACAGCAUCAGAGAGACGUAUGCAAAGCAUUUUAACUCCAAAGAUAUUAUGAAAAGACAAAUUGCUGUUGCGACAUACCUUAUUGAUAGGCUGGCUCUUAGGGCUGGCAAUGAAAAGGUAUCAGACUCAUUGUGUGUUACAUUUUGUUAUUCUUUUCAUUAGUAAGGCAGAGGACAC